AUGAUGGAUCCUUUAGAGAACAACUUGUUUGAUCUUCCUGAUUAUGAGAACACAGAGGAUGAAACGUUCCCGCCUCUUCCACCUCCUGACUCUCCAGGAAGGGAUGAUGGCGAAUGGGCACAAGCUAACGGAGAACCAGAAGGAAACCAGCAGUCACAAACAAAGGAUUCUAAGGAUUCUGCCGUAGCUACACGGAAAGUGGUUAAAAGACCGAUGCCUAAACUAGAUGCCCAGAGGUUAAUUUCAGAACGAGGACUUCCAGCCCUAAGACAUGUGUUUGACAAUGUAAAGUUCAAGGGUAAAGGGCACGAGGCAGAGGACCUGAGGACGCUGAUACGACAUAUGGAACACUGGGCUCAUAGGCUAUUUCCAAAAUUGCAGUUCGAGGACUUUAUUGACAGAGUCGAGUCGUUGGGAAACAAAAAGGAAGUUCAGACCUGCCUAAAGCGGAUUAGACUCGAUCUUCCUAUUUUACAUGAGGACUUUGCAAGUAAUGAAGAUGGCGGAGGGGCAAGCAAUGGACUGGAUCCAGCCGCUGAAGAUGUACGUUCCUGCUCCGGAAAUGCAGAACAAGUCGAUUCUCUGCCUGGUACCACUCUCACGGAAGAGCAGCAGGAGCGAAUCAGGAAGAACAGGCAGCUGGCCUUGGAACGCAGGCAAGCGAAGGUGCAGUGGAACAGCCAGUCACAACACAAUGAGCUCUCCACUAGUUACGUGGAAGAGGAGUUCAGUACCUCAGUUGCUCAGGAUCUUGUGGACCCUUUCGAAGAUGCUGAAGUUACCGCACCCAAAGCUGCUGUUAGAGAAGCUGAAGAUGGAGGUGCAGAAUUGGAGUGUGCCGGUGAAAAGCAGUAA